AUGGCUUCAACCAUACCUAGCACCUCCCUAGGGCUGCUAGAUCUCCCAACUGAUAUCCUUGUCAUGCUCCCCGAGUUCUUACACAACAUCGAAGACUACGUAAACUUAUCUUCAACAUGUCGUACACUGAGGAUAUGUACGAAUGCCGCAUCACCCAACGUUAUCCUACACCUUGCCCACGCCUCCAGCCGCGUAUUCUUCCGGCCUGACCCAUUCUUCCUGAUCUGUGCUACGGCCCGCGAGCUCGGCAACUGGGCUCGUAAGUGCGAUGAGAACGAGACCGAGUUAGCUGCCGGCAUGCCGCGCGGCGCUGACCACCUCAUGGACUUGGCCUUGCGUCACUGCGGCCUAACCAUAGCUCGUAUCCGCGAGCUUCACGCCUUGCGUUUCUCCGUUAUCAACCCCGUUUCCGACCUCGUCGACAAGUGUAUCGGAGAGCAGUGGUACGCGACCCCGAAUUUCUGGAAUGGUGGCGUUGACGACGCGUAUACUAUCAACGCCGACGUCAACGAGACGGUCUUCAACCUAGCCAUCUACGGCGAGCUAUUCGGGCCAGAUUUUGAGCCCUUCUUUGGCUCUGAGACCGGCUCCUCGCCCCGGCGGAGACUCAAGGUCGACACUAGGAUCGAGUAUAUCAAAUACUGCCUGCCCGAUAAUAUGAUCGAAUGGUUUGAACAUGUUGAUGAUCUGGAGAGACGAGUUGGAUCAUAUGACCCACGCCGAGAUAUUACUAACCAACCUGGGGGUCCCUAUGAACAAGGAAACAAAGAAUCCCGGUCCAAUUUCAAUCACACUAUAGGCCUCAUAUGGCUUAUGAAUAGUACUCGCUGGCGGCCACACUGGAUAAAAGCUAGGGAGGCGGCGGGGGCGGGACCAGAAUUCGCUGACAACAUCAGGGGCUCGAACAUUGCUACCAGCAGCUGGAGACAGCUCAUGCUAGAAAACGUGAUGCAGUGCCAGGGGCUAGAAGGCCUGGGGAUGAUCCAGGAAGGGACAGAAAUUGCAGAGCGGUGGAAGCCCAAGAUCAGGGAAUGGAGGGAAAAGAUUGAGCAUAUGGAAGAGCCCGUGGCUACCAAGGUGGACCUUUAUAAUAUUUACGAGUACCCUGACCUCUUCGGAGAGCUUCGAAUGUGUGCAGCCGGAUAUUUAUCGCGGAGUUGA